ACCUCGGGGUCGGCAGUUGAGAAUUCUCCAUAACCGUCAGACGCUUAGCUUUGAGAAAAAGCUACACGCUACACCUACUCCAACGGCUUACUUUAUAAGCUACUCGUCAUCGCGCCGCAGUACUCACCAUAUAUAUAUCUCUCUCUCUCUCUAAGCAACCGCAAAACCUUCCCCUCAAACCCUCACUUUCGCGGAAAAUGGUUGCGCAACAUCAUCACGGCUUCUCUGUCUCAACAAAACCUUGGAGCAUUACUGGAACAGAAUGUCAAGGACGUAGAGAAGCACCGUAUUCUGAGACACCAGAAGUCAAUAGUGGGAUCUCCGCUGGAAUGAUCAAAUCGAUAUCAGCAAUGCCUCAUUACAAAGACAGAAGUCAUGAAGAGUUGAGGUUAGAGGAAUCUAGACUACUCAAGGGAUAUAGUUUUCCUAGCCAGAGUGCAUUUCAACAAUCAAGCCCUCUUUUUGGUCCUCUUACAUCGCUAGUGCCGUCAAGUGAACCCUCUUUUCGAGCAACUGCUACUCUUGUAUCAGAUGCAUCUGUCAAACCAACAAUUGGCACAGGUUUUGGUUAUUUUCCAUUUGGUGGUUCAACUGGUGAUGGAUUUGUUGGUCGAGAUCUAACAAAUUCUGCUUUUGGAACAUCUAGCACCAAGAUGUUUAGUCCCACAAACAACUCGAGACCUACAAGCUCAGCAUUCGGUGUAUCCAGUGCCAGCAGUAGUUUCGGAAUUACAUCAACACCUGGUUUCUUGUCUGGGACUUCAAACAAACCUGUGUCAACCACUUCCGUGUUUAGCUCUGGUUCAACUUCUGCUUCUAGAAGCAAUAGCAUAUUUGGAAUUCAGACUUCUCCCGGAUCCCAGAGCACAACUUCAACUAAGUAUCAAGGAAGUAGACCAGGAUUUUCUGCAACAGUUGAAAGAGAAAAUAAUAGAGAUGUUGUUGGGAAUAUGCAGUCCAUAUCUGCAAUGCCAUUUCACAAAGAUAAAAGUCAUGAAGAGUUGAGGUCAGAGGAUUAUGGACUAUGUAAUGCAUGUUAUAAAGGAGGACAAACACUUUGGGGUGCUCCAUUUUCUAGAUCAUCUUGCUUAAAGACAUCUGAUACUCCAUCAAAUAUCUUCAGUUUUGCACCAUUAUCCAACCAGUCUUCGGUCCCUUCUCCCUUUCAAAUGUUCAAAUCCACUUUAUCCAAACUUGAGAGAGAAAACAGUAUACUUCCGAGCACCACAAUCUCCACAGCUCCAACACUUUCUCCAUCUGUGAAUCCCUUUAGUUACACUAAUGUGUAUCACUCACAACCACAAGCCUUUACCCCUGCUGCAGCUCCUUUUGUGCCUUCAUUUACCCCAACUCUGAAUCCACCUUCGUUACUCCCUUCUACGGAGCCAAUGGUUAAAAGUAGUUAUCAAUUCCCCAAUGUGUCAACAACAUUCACUAAUGUAUAUGCACCAUUGUCCAAGCAGUUCCCUGACCAUUCUCUGUUUCAACCGUUAAAAUCCUAUUUCUCUGAACCUGCUACAGCUUCUUUGGGGGCUACAUUGACCUCAAACCUGAAUCCACCUUCCUUAAUCCCUUUUACUGAGCCAAUGCUUAAGAAUAAUUGUGAAUGCACCAAAGUAGCAACGACAUUCACUAGUUCAUCUGUUGGAACAUUUUCCUUCACAAAACCUUCUGUUUUCGUCUCACCAUUCAUACAGUUUACCCCAACAACAUCAUCAGAUCCUUGGUCUCCUAUCAAGAAUGCAUCACAGCCUCAACAAACUGCUGAAAAACUGGGACCCCUUUCAACUAAUGACCUGAAUACACCAUCUCAAGCUUCAAGUGGCCUGACAACAGUGACACAAUUUACCAGUCAAAACAUCAAUGGACAACAGUACAUUGCAUCAAGCAAUUCAAGCAUGCAGUCAUCACUUGUGGUGAAUCCUUUUGCAACAAGAUUUCCAAUUAAUCAACCCAAUGCAGAUACGUCAGGACUUCAUGGAAUACGUAGCUUACCAGUCUCAAACAAUCUUUCAUCAAAUAGAAGAACAUCCUUAUUGAGAAUCCGGCAUGUGUCCUCCAAAUACCCUGGAUUGCCUACUCAGAAGACUAAUGGUAGGAGCAGUGAGACUAAGGUUCCAUUUUUCGUUGAUGAUGUUGAUAAACUUGGUCCAGUGGACCCUUUCCUGCCACGGGAGAACCCCAGGGCUUGGGUCAAUAUCUCCUCGUUAUCUCUCCGUUCACCUUGCCACAUUGCAGGCAAAGGUGCUGAAAGGUUGAGUGGAGAUAUGUCUACCCUAUUGAACCAACAUGAACAUGAAGUCGCCGAAAUAACUGAGGCUGAUGUUGCAACACUACUGCCUAAGCUUCCUGAUGGGGAGGAAUAUUACACUGAACCUUCACUGUGCAAGCUGGCAGCAAAGGAAAUGGCAGAAGCAGGAUUCUGCAAGCAUGUGAAGGACUUUGUUGUGGGAAGGCAAGGUUAUGGAAACAUCAAGUUUCUUGGGGAAACAGAUAUCUGCCAUCUUGAUAUCGAGUCCACCGUGCAAUUCAAGAAUCGCCAAGUAGUUGUUUAUCCGGACGAGACAAAGAAGCCGCGAGUCGGGCAACAGCUUAACAAGGCAGCUGAGCUCACUCUACUCAAUGUUAAAUGCAGCAACAAAAACACGGGGGAGCUGUAUGUUGAAGGCCAUCAAGUUGAGAAGUACAAAGAGAUUUUGAUCAAAAGGACUCAAGAGCAAGGAGCUGAGUUUGUUUCCUAUGAUCCAGUUGAAGGGGAAUGGAAAUUUAGGGUUCAACACUUUUAGCUAUAUUUGGUUAAGGGGUUUUCCAACUGUCCUUGCUUUUUUCUACUAGUAAGACUUGUUCAUAUUCCAUUAUAACUUUGUUUUGUAAAUAUUCUUAAUUCUUAUUCAUCUAUGAGGCUAGAAAAGUAUAUAAUCAAUCAUCAUCCUGUUAUUAGGAUAACGUUAUUCAUAAAUACUCCUUUCAAAUAAAUUUGCUUGACAUGAUUUAUGAGACA